AUGUUUAGGGGUGAUUCUUCACAAAUAGAGGUCAGUUCAUCCAUCAAACAAGAUGUCCUUGACCUUGAGGGGAUCUGGAGGGAUGAGUUUCCCCAAACUACAGUUGUUCCUGAGGAGGAUGCUCCUCAAAGGACAAAGGAGUUGGGAAGGCCUCUGAUCAGCGCCCCUUCUACAUCUAGUGUGAGCCCUUCUUCGAAGAGGAGAAAGGUUCCUUGGUGUGCAACAAGAUUUCUGAGGCUUGAGCUGAGGCAAUUAAGGAUCACUGGGGGUUUCAACAUUUUAACGUCUAUUACUCUGGGAAGAUUUUGCUGUGAUGGACCCCUUGAUAAGGAUGCUCUAAAGAAGGCCCUUGCUAAUAGGAAAGAGGCCAGACAAUUCGGGGAUCCCAUGCCUUCUAAAAGGCAUAGACUCCGGAUGAAGGUGUACAGGGCUGUUGCUCAACAAAUUGACUUGCCUAAUACCUGGAAGGUUGCCACAUCUGACCCUCCUCAGCCUCAGGAGAGAUAUGAGGAGAUUGUCUUGUCUAGAGGUAGGAGGAAAGAGGCCAGACAAUUCGGGGAUCCCAUGCCUUCUAAAAGGCAUAGACUCCUGAUGAAGGUGUACAGGGCUGUUGCUCAACAAAUCGACUUGCCUAAUACCUGGAAGGUUGCCACAUCUGACCCUCUUCAGCCUCAGGAGAGAUAUGAGGAGAUUGUCUUGUCUAGAGGUAGGAGGUCACCACUUGAAGACAUCGGGGUUAUUUCCAUGAAAGAUUUUGGUAAGGUUUCUGAGGUCCCUACAUCAAUUUCUCAGACGUCUACUGACGCUAGUUCAAGCCAGCCUGCUUAG